CUAGUAUAACUACGAUAGAGUAGUACUAAGAUUAUAAAGACUGGCUUAAAUUAGUGUUCCGGUAAUAUACUACAGGUAGAUCUAACAGACUGUAUGAAUGUUGAUGAAACUAGAAAAGAUGCAUUGAUGAAACAUAUUGAUAACUGAUGGAAUUACACAUUUCCAAUUUUUUAACCCAGACAAUGACAUUCAAUAUGUUAAAUUGUAUCACUUCUCUUGACAAAAUUCUGAGUGAGGAGUUGAACUCUACAGAUCAGAGCAUUGAAGCUUGUUUAAAAGAAAUUGAAGAGGUACUAGAAGGGCUUGGAAGCAGGCAUGGAAAUGGAAGAGGGAAGAAAACUUCUGAUGGGAAGAGCAAAAAGGAAACUGAUUCAGUGAAGAAAGAUGUACAGACAAAAUGUCAGAGGAGCUGUCUUAGUAAAAUUGUCUUUUAUCACAUAUUUGGAUUCCACUCUGUGGCGAGUGCUGCCUGACCAGAUUUACUUAGUCUUUGUCAGUUUUAUAGGGGCUGGGAUUCUUUUACAGUAGGUGUCUGUGACUUGUUGGUAAUGAAUUUGAACA